UAAAUUUUAAUUAGAGCAGAAACUGAGGGGAGAACUCUAAUUUCUGAUAAUUUUGAUCGCGAGUCGCGAAACCCCAUUUCUAUCAGAGCAGUGAGAAAAAGGAAGCCCGCACAAAAAAGGUAGCUAACCUCAGCUGUUAUCAGCUCCAGCAGUUUAAAAUUAGGUCGUCAACGAUAUUUGGAUGCAGAAUACUUUUGAUAAUUCGAAGUGGAUUUGAUUUGAUUCGAUUUGGUGGCAGAAAGAGCAGAAGAGGGGUUAGGAAGUGGUGGUAAUCUUAGGCGGAGAUGUCUGACCUAGACCGGCAAAUCGAGCAGCUCAAGAGAUGCGAACCGCUCACAGAAUCUGAGGUGAAGGCCCUUUGCCUCAAAGCAAUGGAAAUCCUCGUUGAAGAGAGCAAUGUUCAGCGCGUAGAUGCACCAGUCACUAUCUGUGGUGACAUACAUGGGCAAUUCUAUGACAUGAAACAACUUUUUAGAGUAGGUGGUGAUUGUCCAAAGACAAAUUACUUGUUUCUUGGAGAUUUUGUUGAUAGAGGAUUUUACUCAGUUGAGACCUUCCUGCUUCUGCUUGCACUAAAGGUAAGAUAUCCUGAUAGGAUAACUCUCAUAAGGGGAAACCAUGAGAGCCGGCAGAUAACACAGGUGUACGGUUUCUAUGAUGAGUGCCUACGGAAAUAUGGUUCUGUCAAUGUUUGGAGAUAUUGCACUGAUAUUUUUGAUUACUUAAGCCUAUCAGCACUCAUUGAGAACAGAAUAUUUUGUGUUCAUGGUGGUCUUUCACCUGCCAUUUCCACAUUAGACCAGAUACGUGUGAUAGACCGCAAGCAAGAAGUUCCUCACGAUGGUGCCAUGUGUGAUCUUUUAUGGUCAGAUCCAGAAGACAUUGUUGAUGGUUGGGGUUUGAGCCCUCGUGGAGCAGGUUUCUUAUUUGGUGGAAGUGUCGUCAGUUCAUUUAAUCACACCAAUAAUAUUGACUACAUAUGCCGUGCUCAUCAGUUGGUAAUGGAAGGUUAUAAAUGGAUGUUUAACAACCAGAUAGUCACGGUCUGGUCAGCACCAAAUUACUGUUACAGAUGUGGAAAUGUCGCUGCAAUCCUGGAGCUGAACGAAAACCUCGAAAGUGAAUUCCGUGUUUUUGAAGCUGCACCACAGGAAUCAAGGGGAGCACCUGCUAAAAAGCCACCUCCAGACUACUUCUUGUAAGAGUGAAGUGGUAAGUUAUGGAAUAUUAAUAUUAGGUGAGUUGUAAAUUUUUGGCAAUGCUUGCUCACAACCUAUCCUAUUCAUAGCGCUAGAUUGUGUUGUAUUUUCUAUAUUGUAUGCUGUUAGAAUAGCAGUGUUGUUGUAUACAGACGUCAGAAGCAGGAAAAACAAGUCAUUUCUGUGUCGGAACUCAAUCAAGCAUGUAUAUGUACUACACCAAUUCAUUGAUUUUGCA